GGCUAUUUAAUUAAGGUAUACAGUAGUGACACAUUCUUAUGCUGUUACCCUUGAAUUUACUUAUACUGUACUUCGUUAAAUCAGUGUUGGAGUUGCAAAAAAAAAAAUGCCACCAAGUCACUACACUGUAACUGUACACUGACCAAAAACUUCUCAAACGCUAUAAGCACUAUGCCAUCUGAAAAAUGAAUGAAGAAGCUCAUAAAACCAUUCCCAGAUGACAAGCCACAUUCUGCCCAUUCUCACAUCCAUCGUGCCCAGGUGUUGGAGAAAUUUGUGUUGAGAGUGUACAGCACUUCAGUAAAUUGACAGAGACAUUCACUGAAGUAUUUUACUGGUUUAAACAAGAAUAAAUCACAUAGAUGAGGCUUUGUUAUGUUAGAUGAAACUUUGUUUGGUUAGGUGAGAAUUAGGGUGUUUAAUCAGAUGAAAUAGCUAAAAGUUCCUCAUCAUCAGAGAUCCAUAAGGACAAACAUAUAGAAUCUGCUGUUAUGAUACAAACCAAGUUUUUAACCCACCCCUCCCAUAACAAAUUCUUCAACCUGUUUAAUAAGGAAAUUUACCUUAAAAGUUAAAACUUACUAUUUAUUUACAAAAGUUUAACUAAAGCUAAUGACAGAAUUUUAUACAAAAUAUACAGUACUGUAUACAACAAAAGAAAUCGAAAAACUCAAGUAAUAAUAAUUGAACAUUAAAUCCUAACCAUUACACUAUAAUAUAAAAUUACUAGAUCCUAAACAUCACCAUAUAAAAUAUAAUAACUCUGGAGCAAUAAGAGUACAGUAACACUAGAAACUUAUGGUUUAGGAGACAGGAGACCAGAUGUUGACUUCACUGCCUAUACUGUACUCAGUAACUGACUCAGGAGCACACCAGAUUUUCCACUUCCGGACCAGGACCAAUCACGGGGCUCCACAUACUAUGGUACUCAGACCAGACUGACGGAUGGCCAGCACCAUCUUGUGAUCAUAGUCUUCCUUUACACACACCGAGAAGUAGUUCAUCAUAACACAGCAUUAAUUCGUUUUUGUGAAAUUUUUGAAGAAAAUAACACUCUUAUCUUUAUAUUCCCUAUGUUUAGUGAAGCUCAUUAAUGGCCAACCUACCAUAACACUCUUAGGUUAUACUCUACUAUUAGGUACGAGGAGUCCAUAAAAUAGCUUAUCAUUUCUGAAAAAUACUAACGUAAGAAUAAUAUAGGUUAGAACACACUGGAUUUAUUAUACCGGUAAUUGACGAGCUGGUCUGCCUAAAGGUCCAGUAAUGAUCCCCCCCUCUCCCCCCGUAGGACCAGUUUUAGUACAGGAGGAGACUGUACAUGAACUCAACCAGCAUGUUUAACAGGGCUACACAGUGAGUUGGUUUCUAUGUAUGGCACAUCCCCAGACGUCCUCAGUCCUCCAGCAAGGAAGUGUUUGUUGAAUACUUAUCCACUGGUUGAUACUUGGUUCAGUUGUCAUCCAAGACUCAGGUGAACUGGUGUGAUUAGCAGCAGAGCACAUGGUCACAGGAUUAGGGCCAUUACCUGAGCAUUCUCCUUCUUGGUGUCCGCACCUUAUUGGCAGACGAAGUUCACCACCAGGCUGUAAUGAGUCCAUACUCACCAAGCCUGGUUAAUGCUGUUCCUCUCUCACACACUCCAUCACCAGCUCACCAGCAAACAUCUCUCACUAUGACUACUCCACCUCUGAGAUAUUCACCUACUUCUGCCAGCUACAACCAUUACCCUUCACCAACACAAGAAUCCUCCCCAACCCAUCCCCAUGAAUCCCAGACAUCACGUUGUCACACGCCCACACCUCCCCCAGAUUACCAUCCAACAUGGAUUCCCAGAGCCCCAACUCCACCAAGAUAUUCCCCAACAUCACCUUCAUACAGUCCAUUUGCCCCACUAGAAUACAUCCCAAGCUGCCCAUCUCACUCAUCUCCAUCAUCGGGACCCGUUUAUCCUCCUGCUUACCAUCCUUCAUGGAUUCCCAGAAAGAGUCUAAGUGUUUCAGGAAGGUCCGGUAAAAAAAAUUAUCCGUCAGCGAGAGAAGAAUACAUACCAACUCAGUCAUCAGUUGAAGAGUUACCCUCUCGUUCACCCUCAUCACCACCACCAUACAACCCAACAAAUGUUCCUACUGUGACUCAAACAUUACCAGAAUAUAAACCAUUACCCACCAACAGUCGGUACCUAUCAGAAUCAGAAGAUUCAUCGCUGAACUACGUACCUUAUUCACCGUGUUACAGACCCACUUCCCCAUGCAUACCAACUUCCCCAUCUUAUUCCCCAAGGUCGUCUUUAACUCAGACUCGUCUGCACUACUUUCCCUCCUAUGAUGAGUGUUCCCCAGCAGGUUCCUCCCACACCCAAAGUAACAAAACACAAUCCCAUUCUCCAGCCAGUUCAGUAGAUGGUUCAGCACCUUUGUCUUAUUCCCCAGCAUCUUGUGUUUCUGAGAACCAUGACUCAAGCUGUAACUCAUCACUUGAUUAUUCUCUACCCAGCUCUUUGUCUAGUCCUAAAUAUUGUGCAAGUUCUUCAUCAUACAAGUAUUCUCCAUUAUCUCCUGGUUACUCUUAGCCCCCUCCAACAUGGGCCAUUAGUCCUCAUUGCUCAACUACCACUACUGUUCAGUAUCAGUCACUGCUGGAUAAAGGUCUUGCGUAUACUUCCACAGUCUUGAGCUUAUUUGGCCUAUUGAGGGUCUCCAAAUUUUCUUAUUGCAUCUAUCUAUCUGGUAAUCUUUUUUUCCGGGUCUUUUCUUACCUCAUAGAAUCCAGUUAAGGAUCUCCUUGUUGUCAUAUCACUGUUAAAUGUAAAGUGUUCACUCCAGCCCCAACAACUCCAGAAUGCCUGCAGUACACAUUCUAUAUAACCUAUGCAUAAAAAUGGGGAUAUGGAAGCCAAUAAGUGACCAAAUAUAGAUCACUGUUAAAGCUCACCACAGUAUACUGUCAAUGCUUAAGGAUUCACUUCAUGUACCAAAUGAAGAUAUAAGGAAGUGUGUAUAGUACAGUGAACAGUAUGUGUCAGUGACAUAGUCGGGACCAUGAACGAGACCAUUCAUAAUUUUGGUCUUUAAGGAUCACCUGAAGAUUAGUCCCCCCACCCACCAAGUUACUGUAGUUUCAAGGCGAUAAACCUUCAGAAUGGUUAAACUAGGGUGAGCAAUUGGGGAGCUAAUGAAUCUUUAGGUGAUCCUAAAGGGCUAAAAUUGUGUAUGGUCUCAUUUGUGGUCUCGGUUACUGUACAUCGCUGAUACUGUAUGUGUAUGUUGGAGAGGAAAGUUAAUAGAUAAAGUAAAUGCUUAAUGCUAAAUUGCAAGGAAUAUGAAUCUCCCACAGACCAUGGCUACCAUUUAAGGGUUAAAGCAGAAGAUAUUACAAGGUGUAAUCCACAGUACUGGCAUCGAUUGCUCAACAAAAGGGUUGUAUUCUUGAAAAACUUUGUUAGUGAAAAUUUCAUUAAUUGAAACAGACUUUUCCAUUGAUUUCUAAUUAGAAUGGGAGGUACAGUAUAUUCCUAUGCAAAAUAUAAUUAUAUACAAUAAAUACAUAUUUCCCGAGUUAGGAAAUGAAACUUGGGAACUGUUUAGGGACUUAGUUCUUACGGGAAUAUAUUUUACUAUGAAUUGUUAUAGUACAUGUACUGUAUUAAUUACUGUACUCAAAAUCAAAAUAUUUUACUUACAAGAAAGUGUGGUGAUUGGGGCUUAUGGUGAUGGUACAAUGAUGGUGUUAGUUUUAGAGGAGUGCCUAGCAUAUUGCGACCAAUAGUAAUGGUUCUAGCAUAUAUAUAUUGUCCUCCAACAUCAGGUAACACUGCAAUAAACAUGUGCACUCCCACAGUCAACAUGUCAAGUCACUCUCCAACAGUCCUCUUAGAUGGUGGAGACAUUUUCACUAUCUGCUUUUAACUUAGUUUAUCCUUCAGUCUUGUAAUUUUAGUUUAUUUUGUUUGUGAAAUAUUGGAGACUGCUUAGGAAAUUCACUAAAAGAAAAGAAAAACGAUUGUCCACAUUCAGAUCCAAAAAAAUUCUUAAGAAAUUUUGUAGCUACGGAAUUUUUUAUCGUAAAUAAUUUUUUCCUUUUCAUUCUCAAAUUUUGUAACUACAAAUUUUCACAAGUCGAGGCUUCAUAAAUCAAGAGAGAGAGAAUUGCACAAGUAUUUUAAAGUUUUGGUCACCUGAAAAUUCUGAUGUGUUUAUGUUGAGUUUUACUGUACUGUAUGUGAUUAGUUUUUGUCCUGUUCACUUUAUCACCAAAUGUUAGUUAUUUUCUUUGUGUUUCUUGUAUUUUUAAUAUUGAACAUUCACACUUCAAAAAAUUUUAGGAUCUUUUUAUUGGAUGAUGAAGUUAAAUAGUAUAUCAAUAAAAAGGAAAAUUGUAAAGAAUCAAAAUUAUUUUUAAUGAA